UUGCCAAACUUGAAACAUCUUCCAAGCAAAAGGUGAGCAUUGUUGAGCCAAAAAAGGAUAGCUAUGAUGAAUUUGAUGAGAUAUGGAGGGUGAUUCUGAUGAUGAAGAGGAAACUCCAACUCCCAAGAAGCCUAUUAUUGAUAAGAAGAGAGCCAAUGAUUCAGCUUCAAAAAGACUCCUGUUCAAGCUAAGAAGGCUAAGGCUGAUACCACCCUUCAAAAAAAAGAAUGAUGGGAAAAAGGUAGCUCAUGUAGUUACUCAUCCUGUAAAGCAAGCAAGAAAAACUCAAGCAGGAAACGUACAAUAAAGCCCAAAAUCUGAUGCCAAAAUCACUUGCAAAUCCUGCACAAGUAUGCUUACUUCUAAAAGAAUAUGUUUUUGAAUUU